CUGCCGUCGGCCCUCCCUCGUGCCCGCCCGGGCCCGCGCGCCGGCUCUACUGGAGGGACAGUCGGCCCAAUAUGUCAAGACCUCUGAUCACUAGAUCCCCCGCAUCGCCACUGAACAACCAAGGCAUUCCCACUCCAGCCCAGCUCACCAAGUCCAAUGCACCGGUCCACAUUGAUGUGGGCGGCCACAUGUACACCAGCAGCCUGGCCACCCUCACCAAAUACCCCGAGUCCAGAAUCGGAAGACUGUUUGAUGGUACAGAACCCAUUGUUUUGGACAGUCUCAAACAGCACUAUUUCAUCGACAGAGACGGACAGAUGUUCAGAUAUAUCUUGAAUUUUCUACGAACAUCAAAACUCCUCAUUCCUGAUGAUUUCAAGGACUAUACUUUGUUAUAUGAAGAGGCAAAAUAUUUUCAACUUCAGCCAAUGUUGUUGGAGAUGGAACGAUGGAAACAGGACAGAGAAACUGGCCGCUUUUCACGGCCCUGUGAGUGCCUCGUGGUGCGUGUGGCCCCGGACCUUGGAGAAAGGAUCACCCUCAGUGGGGACAAGUCCUUGAUAGAAGAAGUCUUUCCAGAGAUCGGGGAUGUGAUGUGCAACUCGGUCAAUGCAGGCUGGAAUCACGACUCCACACAUGUCAUCAGGUUUCCACUAAACGGCUACUGUCACCUCAACUCAGUCCAGGUCCUCGAGCGGUUGCAGCAGCGAGGAUUUGAAAUUGUGGGCUCCUGUGGGGGAGGAGUGGACUCGUCCCAGUUCAGUGAAUACGUCCUCCGCCGGGAGCUGAGGCGGAUACCCCGCGUACCCUCAGUCAUCCGGAUAAAACAGGAGCCACUGGACUAAACAGACAUAUUUCUUAUGCAAAAAGAAAACAUACACAACCUAACAAUAUGCGAAAAGGAACAUUUGUGUGCAGCUGGGGCAGUAAACCAAGCUCUGCAGCUACCACUGAAUAAAAGACGUUUCUAUGCUCUGGAAAUCACACCUGUAUUCAUAUGGGAACAAUUGGAAUCAUGAUAUCCUGAAGAUGUAAAAAAAUAUAUAAAUAUAAAUAUAUAUAUAUAUGUCAAAAGGUAGGAAAUGCAGAGAGAGAGAGAGAGCUACAGUGGGUGCUGCGAUGGCCACGCGUGCCCUGGGCCUCUGAGGUCUCUGUCCAGUAAAUAAGCCAUGACAGGGAGGACAGAGUCUCCUUGUGCUGCCAAUUGCCAACAGUCAUCCGUUGUUUCUCUUUUCCUUUAUCUUUCUUCCUUUUCUUUUUUUUUUCUUUUAAACAAACAAAACAAAACACCUCGGCUGGUGUUUCUUUGCAAGUGGAGGUGUCAUGUUUCAUCAGGUAGGGACCAGGAGGGAAUCCGAGGACCACUGGAGCACACGGCAUCGGACGUACACAGACAGGACACUUGAACUGCGGUUUUUACAGGAGGGGCACUUUUUUGUCCGCCUCCCAACUGUGACCUUUCCUUGUUUUUAUGGUGAUUGUUGAUCAUUUGGCAGAGGGGCCAGAGCUAUUUCUUGCUAGAGAUCUCCAGUUUCAGUCUGCUGCUUUCCUACAAUUUUUUCAGAUUUUAUAAUGUAUUAAAUACAAUAAACUCUGUUUAAAAAAUGA